GUCCGGCCCAACCGAAAACCCGGCCCGGUGGAAACCCAACCCGGUAGAAAGAAAAGAAAACCCCGUCCACUCUCCUCUCCCUCCCAGGCGCUUGUUUUAAUUAUCGCCCUCUCAAAGCGACUCCGCAAUUCUCAACGAUCUCCCUCCCUUUCCCUCUCUCCCUCCCUCUCUCUCUCUCUAGUGGCCGAGCCAUGGUGAGCGCUCGUCGCCGAGAGGACGACGAUGGGGGCAAGAGCUCGGCCUCGGCGAGGGGCUUCCCCGGGGCCGGGCCUGGGCGCGCCUCCCGGGGCGCGGCGGCGGCGGCGAUCUCCGGUGCCCCCUCGGCGUCCACGAGCGCCAGCGCCGGCUCCCCCUCCGCCCUGAGCGAGGCCGCGGCCGCCGCGGGGAGCGACAAAACCUCCGCCGAUCCGCACGGCCCCGAUGCCCUCCCCGACGACGACGACGAUGCCGCCGACGCCGCUCCGUCGCCGCAGGGGGCUGCAAGCGGAAAGAAGAAAAAGAGGGGAGCCCGGGCCGUUGGAGGUGAUAAAAGUGGGAGGGGACUUCGCCAGUUCAGCAUGAGAGUUUGCAAGAAAGUGGAAAGCAAGGGGAGAACCACUUACAAUGAGGUUGCAGAUGAGCUUGUAGCAGAGUUUGUCGAUCCUAAUAGUAAUCUUGUAUCCCCAGAUAAGCAACAGUAUGAUGAGAAGAACAUAAGGCGGAGGGUGUAUGAUGCCUUGAAUGUCCUUAUGGCAAUGGACAUUAUAUCUAAGGACAAAAAAGAAAUACAAUGGAAAGGCUUACCUCGAACUAGUCAGAGUGAUGUCGAAGGAUUAAAGGAAGAAUGCAUCACUUUGAAAAAAAGGAUUGACAAGAAAGCUGCAUAUUUGCAAGAUUUGCAAGAUCAGUUUAUAGGUCUCCAGAACUUGGUCCAACGAAAUGAACAGUUAUAUGGUUCAGGAAAUUCUCCUUCUGGUGGAGUGGCUUUACCUUUUAUCUUGGUUCAGACUCGUCCACAUGCAACGGUGGAAGUUGAGAUUUCGGAAGAUAUGCAACUUGUACAUUUCGACUUUAACAGCACUCCUUUUGAGUUGCAUGAUGACUCCUAUGUACUCAAAGCAAUGAGAUUCUGUGAAAGUGGAGAAAACAAUGAUGCCUGUGAGCCGAGUUCACAUGCAGCCGAAUUCUCGAGCUCGAUGGAUAUAUAUCAGCAGAAUCGCCUGACACUCCCCACAAGGCUAAAUACGACAGGAAUGAUACCAAAUUCUCCACCCAUUCCAGGUAUACUGAAAGGCCGCGCGAAGCAUGAACAUUAGUGGCUAAUUUCUCCAGGAUCACUUUGUUGGAUCAAGAUUCUUGUUCUCUUCAUGUUUCUAACCCCCCUUUUUUUUGACUUUUUGUAAAGUUCUUAUAAUUGAUUGAUAUGUGGGAAAAGCAGCAAAAUUUGCUAUGCUCUGCAGCAAUUUGGGGAAUGACAGAGGCGGCUUGAACAUUUCGGUGAUUGCUGCUUUUGAAAAUCAAUUUAAUCAUAAUGUCCUUGUAUAUUAUGUCUUUUUUCCUUUUUUUUUACCUGAUAGUGUUGCAAUCACUAGUUUCUAGUAUUCUCAACUAUUCUAACUCUGGGUAUUCCACUGAAAUCACUGAAAUGGGUAUUAUGGUUUCGAAAUUUUCAUUUUC